CGAACUUGCCUCUAUCUCUGGCGUUACAUAUCAUCAUGGCCGUCGCGCACUUCGUACUCUUGAGCACUGUGUCUUCCUGCUUACCACGGACACAAGGCUGAGAACAGGAGCUGCUAGCGAUGUCUCCUCCAACACUCGCGGUUGUUGCAGCAGGCGCGAUGGGCGCUGCCGUCGCGCGUCGGCUCACAUCCUCCGGUUGUACAGUCCUCACCAAUCUCGAGGGGCGCUCACAAGCCACCCGCGAACGCGCUGCUUCAGCCGGCAUGCUCGAUGUGCCAAUGCCCGAGCUCGCAGCACGUUCACAGUGGGUCCUCAGCAUCCUCCCGCCGAGCGACGCGCUCGCGUUCGCGGCGCGUUACAAGGCAGCCGCUCCUGCACAAUCCAAGCUCCGUGUGGCCUUCGCCGACUGCAACGCGGUGAGCCCGGAGACGGUGAAGAAGAUCGCGGCGCUGUUCGCGGGGAGUGGGAUUGGCUUUGUGGACGCGGGGAUCAUCGGUGGGCCGCCGAAGGACGGGUACGACCCAGUGUUCUAUGCCUCCGCCGCUCCGGAGGAUAGCGACCUGCUCGACGACUUCGCAGGAUUGUCGAAGUAUGGCCUGAAGGUGUCGCCUUUGAGGGGUGAAGGAGCUGGUGCAGGCGACGCGAGCGCGCUGAAGAUGUCUUACGCGGGCAUCUCGAAAGGCAUCAUAGGAUUGACCACAACCAUGAUCCUCGCUGCACAUGCGUCGUCGCCCGCGACCGCCCAAGCGUUGAUUCACGAGCUGCACUCGUCUCAGCCGCAAAUCCUACAGCGGAUUACAACGAGCGUACCAACGAUGCUCCCAAAGGCAUAUCGCUGGGUCGGCGAGAUGGAGGAGAUCUCUUCCUUCGUCGGUGGUGGCGAGGGCCAGAUCCAUCAGGGUCUCGCACGGCUGUACGAGCGUGUCGAGCGUUCGCUGAAGGAGGAGCAAGAGGGCGGACCAGCGGAGGACGUCAAGGUUCUGAGGGGCUUUGUAGACGACGCGAAAGCAGUCAUCGGUGGGCAGAAGUGAUGUGCGGUUCUUCUCCACCACUCGUUAUUGCUUGCACCGCAUUGAUGUCGUCGAUUUGAGCUCAGGAGGCGGGAACACAGGCGCAUAUAAUC